AUGCCAGACAUGUACGCUUUCCAAGCAGGCUCUCAGCCAAGCACGCAGCAAAAAGACAAAUCCUCAGCGCCUCAAGUCACACCCAAUAUUCUUCCGUGCCAAGUCCACCAUGACGGUCCAAUUGCAUCCUACAAUCGGUUUUGGACGCCCGUCGCAGAUGCAAAAGAUAACACACAAUCUGCACAUUUCCGAGGGCGCAAACUCCGCGGGCGACGUGUUGCGAUCCCCGAGGGCUAUCAAGGAAUCAUCGCAAUGCCCACAGAACGCGUCCUACCCUCCCGGCCAACAGACAAGGGUGACGAGGAUGUUGAGAUCCUCGAGAACGGACCCGAGGAACCGGUCAAGAUUCUCGAGACACAGGGCACGUUUGACGAGAUGGUUGUAUGGCAACAUGAGUUCUUGCCUGCGGCUGACGAUACGUUCGUAAAGGGUGUGGAGGAGUGGGUGCGGUUUGCGGAGACGAUGCACGUAACACCGGUGGAUGUCGCAAAAUAA